CGUCGCGUUGAUUGCAGCCUUGUUGCAGCGCUCUGCGUUUCCGUGUUGGUAAACUGUGUGAGGGGGGAAUAGAAUAGUACACCGCGAGUUCGGCUAAAUCUUACUGGAUUACGCUGUCCGUGCCGCGAUUAAAAUGAAAAAGUGACAUUCGACUUGCCGUCCACGUUUUGAAAAUGACCGUAGGAUUAUUACAUUCACUUGGGCAUGAAGACGGGAUGACAACAGUGACUGACAUGUGAGAUAUCCGGAUCAAUACAACAACAGUGCGCUUGUGUUGCCACCUUCUGUUUAUGCAGAUUUGGCAUUCGAAUACGCAUUUGCUGGUGGCGGUAUGAAGAAGUUUAAUAUCAGGAAGGUUUUGGACGGCUUGACUGCGGUUUCCUCCUCCGCCGCGUCCCCUCAGACGGGGAACAGGGAGAACGACAUCAUUCCGGAGACCCUGCAGUCAGAGCACUUCCAGCUCUGCAAGACAUUGCGACAUGGCUUUCCCUACCAACCCUCUUCUAUGGCUUUCGACCCUGUACAGAAAAUUCUUGCUAUUGGGACACAGAAUGGAGCCUUGAGACUAUUCGGCCAAGCAGGAGUGGAGUGUUACUGCCAGCAUGAGAACGUAUCGGCUGUCAUCCAGCUGCAGUUCCUCGUCAACGAAGGGGCGCUGGUUAGCGCUUUGGCAGAUGACAGUAUUCAUUUAUGGAAUCUGCGGCAAAAAAUUCCAGCCGUCCUCCAUUCUCUUAAAUUUAACCGGGAGAGGAUCACGUUUUGCCAUUUGCCGUUUCAGAGUAAAUGGUUGUACGUGGGCACAGAAAGAGGCAACAUUCACAUUGUCAACGUGGAGUCCUUCACUCUCUCAGGCUAUGUCAUCAUGUGGAACAAAGCCAUUGAACUUUCCUCAAAGUCGCACCCUGGGCCUGUGGUUCACAUCAGUGAUAACCCCAUGGAUGAAGGAAAACUUUUAAUUGGUUUUGAGUGUGGCAUAGUUGUGCUGUGGGACUUGAAAUCAAAGAAGGCUGACUACCGGUACAACUACGACGAGGCAAUACACUCGGUGGCUUGGCAUCAUGAGGGGAAACAGUUUGUGUGCAGUCACUCAGAUGGCACACUUACCACAUGGAAUGUACGCAUCCCUGCCAAACCUGCACAGAUCACAACACCACACGGUAAACAGCCAAAAGACGGAAAGAAGCCUGAGCCCUGCAAACCCAUCUUGAAAGUGGAAUACAAAACAACCAGAGCAGGGGACCCUUUCAUGAUACUGUGUGGAGGUUUGUCAUAUGAUACAGUGGGUAGGCGAGCCUGUCUGACUGUGAUGCAUGGGAAAAGCACUGCGGUGUUGGAGAUGGACUACCCCAUAGUGGAUUUCCUUACGCUGUGUGAAACCCCGUAUCCAAAUGAUUUCCAGGAGCCUUAUUCUGUUGUUGUCCUGCUGGAGAAGGAUUUAGUUGUUAUUGACCUUGCACAAAUUGGGUAUCCGAUCUUUGAGAAUCCCUAUCCUCUGUCCAUUCACGAAUCUCCGGUGACCUGCUGUGAAUAUGUUGCAGACUGUCCAGCCGAAGUGAUUCCUGCGCUUUACUCUGUGGGCUCCAGACAGAAAAGACAGGGCUUCAGCCAGAAGGAAUGGCCUAUCAGUGGAGGUAACUGGGGUCAGGGAGCACUAAGUUUCACAGAGAUCAUCAUCACUGGACACGCUGAUGGAUCAAUCAAGUUUUGGGAUGCCUCGGCAUUAAUGCUGCAGGUGCUGUAUAAACUGAAAACAGCGAAGGUGUUUGAGAAGCCUCGCUGUAAAGAGGAGAAAUCCAACACUGAUAUUGUAGAUGAAGAUCCGUUUGCCAUCCAGAUCCUGUCCUGGUGUCCAGAGAGCCGUGUGCUGUGUGUGGCUGGAGUUUCAGCUCACGUCAUCGUGUACAGGUUCAGCAAACAGGAAGUCACCACUGAAGUGGUUCAGCUGUUGGAGGUGCGUAUGCAUUGUGAACUGAAUGAAGUGGAGUCUCCGGAGGAUGGAGGGGAACAGGCGUCAGCCGUUUCUACCCCAGGAACCUCCUCCAGUCCUCUGAGCAGCCUUCCUCAGUCCCACCCCUCCACCAGCAGCAACAACUCCUCUGAUGGCCAACAAGAUAAUGUCCCCUGUCUCAAGGUUAGGAGUUCCCCUCUGAAACAGUCUCCUGGUUACCAGGUGGAGCUGGUAAUUCAGCUGGUUUGGGUCAGCGGGGAGCCGCCACAACCGAUCACCAGCCUGGCCGUCAACUCCGCAUAUGGCCUAGUUGUUUUGGGCAAUGGUAAUGGACUUGCAGUGGUGGAUUACCUGCAGAAAACUCUGCUUCUGAACGUGAGCACAGCUGAGCUGUACGGUUCGACAGACCCUCAUCACAGACAACCCCGCUCACCCCGUAAAACCAGACAGCCCUCUGCAGGUUUUUGUGAUGGUAAUGAUAGUUCUGCCACUCCAGAGGAACGAUGCAAAUCACCAACUUCAGACAGUGUUGCCCGUGUCGGCUCCGGUUCACCUUGCAAUUCUGAUGAAGACAGCAAACAAAAGUUCAUUGACAAGGUGAAGUCCAAAAGCAGGAUGAUAUCCAAGACUGUUGUCAAUGAUUUUGCUAAAAUAUCCUGGAAAAUUAGCAUGAUUGGUGAUCAUAAAGAUGACCGGAUGUUGCGCCGUCACUGCUCUCUCCCCAGUAAGAAGCAACAGAGUCGUGUGAGGGAAAUGAAGAGGAAACAUGCAAGAUCUUUCAACGCCAAGGACAACUCAUUCAGCCGCUCUCGCAGCUCCAGCGUGACCAGCAUUGACAGGGAGUCACGUGAGGUCAUUACUUCCUUCUUGUUUUGUGACUCUCUGUCCAAGAAGAGUGAGAUGGUGGCAGUGCCCAGCCUAUGGUUUGGCACCUCUUUGGGCAGCAUGCUGGCCAUCGCCCUCACAGUGCCCUCUACGCUUGAGCAGAGGAUGCAACAGCCUGUGGGCAUCGCUUUCUGUGGAUGUGUAGUGCGUUUGAAAGGAGCUAUCCUGCGCAUGGCACAGCUGGACGCCUGCGGGGCUCUUUUGCCCCACGUUUACGAGUCCUGGUAUGAGCCCAACGCUCCUGAGGAAGAGAGAGAACGGACACGAAUACGCCGACCCACCUCACCUCCAUCUUCACAGGAAAACCAGGACUGCCAGUAUGCUGUGGUCUGCUCGGAGAAACAGGCCAAAGUGGUGGCCAUGCCCUCCCAAAACUGCAUCUAUGAGCACAACAUCACAGAAACCUCUUUCGUACUCAGAGCUGAUGUGGUGAUGAUGACCGCAGGGGUCUGCAUCGCCUGCUUCUGUGCCAACGGUCACAUCAUGACCCUCAGUUUGCCCAGUCUGCGACCGCUGCUGGAUAUCAACUACCUUCCCUUGACGGACAUGAGGAUAGCCAGAACCUUCUGUUUCUCCAACCAGGGUCAGGCCCUGUACCUCACAUCUCCCACUGAGAUCCAAAGACUCACUUACAGCCAAGAAACCUGUGACAACCUGCAGGAGAUGCUUGGAGAGCUGUUUACCCCAGUGGAGACCCCCGAGGCUCCAAACAGAGGGUUCUUCAAGGGCUUAUUUGGAGGUGGAGCUCAGUCUUUAGACAGAGAGGAUCUAUUUGGAGAGCUGACCGCUGGUAAGGCUUCCCGCAGCCUGGCACAGCACAUCCCAGGGCCAGGAGGUAUGGAGGGCAUGAAGGGGGCUGCGUCGGGUGUGGUGGGAGAGUUGGCGCGGGCGAGGAUAGCUCUGGACGAAAGAGGACAGAAACUCGGUGAGCUGGACGAGAGAACAGCAGCCAUGAUGGCCAGCGCAGACUCCUUCUCGAAACACGCGCAUGAUAUGAUGUUGAAAUACAAGGACAAGAAAUGGUACCAGCUUUGAGGUUCAUGCAAGCAGUCAGCAGACCUUCAUAUGAAUACAGCAGAUCCAUCAUCUCUCCGUUUCUUCCUUCUCUUCUUGUAUCUUUCUUUCUUUGAUGUCCCACGACUGCCUCUCUCGCCCAGCACAACGUCAUGAGCCAUUAACCUCAAGCAGACGAGCUGCGGAAAGCCCAAGGAGACAGGAGGGGAAGGAAUGGGACGGGGGUUUCCUUCCCAUCUCAAUGGCAGUUGAGUUUCCUCUCCUUAAACUGAAGCCGUGUAUCUUGUCUUGGGAGAGGAGACCCAACAUUGAACCCUCAUCAGCCAUGCUGUCAUUUCACUGCCAUUCUAUCUGCAAAGAAACUACAACACAAAUCAUUGCGGGACAGGAAACUGAGGGAAAUGGUUAAGAGGGCCAAGCAUAAUGCUUCUGAUAAUCGGUCACUAGGGCAAGAGUAGAUUGCACGUCCAGGGAUUCAUUUAUGAAAUUACCAUCAAGUUUUUUUUCUCUUGAUUUCGGUAUAUGGGUGAAUCUCAAAAAAAUAAUACAAAUUAAAAAAAAAAUAACAAAAUGUAAAUCCCCAAAAUCAAAAUGGUAAAAUAAGAAAUCGUAUUUUGUUUAAGGAAAAUGAAGCCCAUUUUUGCAUUGUGACAUUAUUUUCAUGACCGCUCCACAAAACCACAUUCAUCUUUAUUUUCUUUUGCAAUUCUCACAAUUCUCAAAGGUGGUUUCCAUUUAUGCAAUGCAGUCAUUUUGUUUUUUUACAAUAUUACAAUAAAUUACAGUAAAAUAGUGGGCUUUAAAAGCAUAAAUUAAAGGCGGUAGAACAAAUACUACCAUGAUCUGUAAAUACUUCACAAUUUAAAUAAUAUCAUUUUUAUUUUGCAUUACAUUAAUUAGAAUUUAGAUGAGAAAUGUGCUGAAUUGUCAUUAAAACAUUUUUUUUAAAUGUCAAAAUGCAAAAAUGGCAUCGCUCUGAAAAACAAGCUUAAUUACUUUAAGCAAAAUAUCAUUUCAUAUUUUUCUUUUGUCUUUUGAAUUCGGGUGAAAUAUGACCUGGACAUGAUAUUUCAUGAGAUUUACCCAUAAAUCAGAUUAGCUAUAGAAAAGGCCGGAUUGUCUUACAUAAGGUGUGAUGAUGUACCAUUUAAGUUCACCUCUAAAGGGCUGGAAGUUGCUGUAUUUACCACAUAUCAUGUCAUUGUGUUGCCAUACAAAUUGCAGACCGGCCGGAGAAGUGGAGCAGGUCUGAUUAUGCAUCAUUUCCAUUGUCCUCCUGUUUAAAGGACGUGUUGGUUUACACAGAUCAGGUCUCAAAAUGACUUCAAUGUACACUGUACCCUGUGUUAUCACUGGAGAAAGAGUUUAAAUAUACAUAUAAAGAUAUAUGGGUGCAUGAAUCUCACAAAAACAUAUUUGACCACAAAAUAAAAAUAAAUAAACCCAUUUUUUGCAUAAAGUAAAUUAAGCAUAUUUUUAGAACUGGUGAUAUAUGUAAUUAAUAUUAUUAUGAUUUUGUUUUAUUUAUUUAUACUUGCAUUAUGACAUUAUUUUCAUGACAAUUAAGCACAUUUCCCUGCAAAUUCUAAUUACUGUAAUAUGAAAAUAUGACCAGACUGUAAAAUGACCAUGAAAACAAUAUUAAAUUAUAUUUUGCAUAAGGAAAAUUAAGCCUAUUUUUAGGACUUUAUUUCAUUUUUUAACAUUAUGAAAUUAUUUUCAUGACAAAUAAUCACAUUUCCCUGCAAAUUCGAAGUACACUAAUAUAUAUAUAUAAACAUAAUAUAAUAAAAAAAUGUAAUUCUCAUUACCGCGCCGCUUUUCGCUAUUUUCAACGACUAUCCUCAUUACAGCAAUACUGUAAUUUAUUAUGUAUUACAAUAAAACUAUUGUUAUACAAUAUUUUUAUUCUUCAUUUAAAAUCAUUAUAAAUUAAACAAACACCAUCAUGAUGUAUGCAGGAAAUACUUUACAAUUUAAACAAUAUUUCCUUUUAUUCCAUCGUGGAAAUACAUUUUGGGGGAAAAUGUUAAAACCAAAAUCUUAAAAAAUGGUUAGAAAAAAUGAAUAGUUCUAAAAACAGGCUCAAUUUCCUCAAAGCAAAAUAUAAUUUCUACAUUUUGUUUUAUUUUGUGAUUUAAAUAUGACCCAUUCGUGACCCUUCCGAUUUUUUGAGAUCCAUUUGGGUGAAUAAACCUGCUGAAUAUUUGCUGGUAAUAUUUAUUGAUUUGUUAUUUAUAUCCUGAAGGGACGUGAGUGAAAAUGCAGAAGUGUGAGGCAUGAUUUUACAGUAUGUGCCUUGUUGAUGAUUGACAUGUAAGAAACCUGUCUGCCCUCAAAUGAGCUCUUAAAUAGGGGCGGGACACCAGUGGAAUGUGCCGAAAGUACUGAUUCUUCAUAUGCAAAACGGGUUCCGCCUCCCUAUUUCACAUGAUGAGGACAUUUUAAAGCCACAAUGUCUGUCCGGCAUUGAGGGAUUAAACCUGAGACUGCUCCUCAACGGAGCAUGACUGUUGUCAUCUGAAGUAAAUAACUAUUGGAUUUCUCCUAUACUCAUGUCCAUGUGUUUUCUAAAUGGUCUGUUCAAUGGACUAAUGCAUGAGUUUCUCAUCCCUCUCACAGAGUUGAAUAUAGCGAUCUCUGUGUUUGUUGCUGCAGUGGAUGUGACCACUAAUGUUCAGUGCAACUCCAGAGGAUUGGUUUAGCACCCGCGAUCUGUCUUCGGGGAGUUGGGGGGUAUCUUUUGCCUUUGCUUUGUGACCCAUGAAUAUGUGCUAAUCUCGACUUGUGUGUGUAUAUGUGUGUGAUUGUGAACAUACAUGUAUGCAAGAUUAUGUGUAUAUAUAUAUAAACUAAAGAUCCAAUAUAUUUGAAAGCAUAUGUUCUGAUGUUUCUUUUAAGUGUGUUUUCAAUUCUUAUCUUUUGACGGCCUUUUCUUGAUCAGACAUAUUAAAGCGAUAGUUCAACCAAAAAAAUGUAAAUCAUCUACUCAACUUUAUGAUUAUGGAAGAACGUCACACAGGUUU